GGUACAACUGUACGAGUACUCCCAGCUAACAGCAAUCUUUUUGAUUGUAUAUGCAAUGUAGAUGAAUUUCAAGAUUGAAAUAAUCAUCUGCUUCCAACGAAAGAUUGAUGAUUCGGGGUAGCAUGUCCGCCUUUAAUCUUCCGGAAAACCGUUCAAAUUUUUCUGUCAAUCCCUUCAGUAUGCGCCCUCCAGCAAUUGAGCGCCCUUUGGAAUCAGACCAUUCCUCCUAUUCUAGUACUGGUUGCAUCUGUAAACGUUCAGGCUUCAAAUCCUGUCUUUCCUGCUCGGAUCGUUCUUCGUUUACAGAAACCUCUCAGGAACCUUACUCUGCUAAGGUUUCUGAUGUUAGAUCAUUUGAAGCCAAUGCCAAGGCUCUUUUAGCUAUAAUAAAAGCCAGCAGCAAUGUACCCUCAAACGUCAAUCCUGCUGCAGGCACCCUAUUUGCUUUAUCAAAUGAUGCGACAAGCAAGAACAACAAUGUUCUUGCUUGCAAACCAGGUUGCAAAAAGAACAGAUCUUACGCAUCUGUGGUUAGCACUGAGGUGACAGCAAAGGCAAAGCCUUCAGAUCCUGCAGUGAUUAAAAAACCUUGGAGCAUGUUGGAUAUCAACAAGAUGCCAGAACAACCUUCAUGAUCCGAAACCUCCCCAAUAGAUCUACACAGGUAAGUAUUAAUUUGAGUAUAAAAGAUGAUCGAAA